UUUAAAUCUAAUUUAAAAAAUCCAAAGAUUUUAAUGAAGGUAACAUAUACAAAAUAUUCUUAAUAUAGUUCAAUAUAUCCUAUCCCUUAACUGGUGCUUAGAAGACAGUCGAAAUAGAUGAUGAUAAGAAAUGGUAAUAAUAUGUAAGAAUUGCUUAGUUCAAUUUUCUUCGAUAAGAGAAUGGGUCAAGUAGUAGAAGCUGAUAACCUUGGUGAUGAAUUUAAAGGAUAUAUAUUCAAAAUCACAGGUGGUAAUGAUAAAUAAGGAUUUCCAAUGAGACAAGGUGUUCUCUUUAAAGGAAGAGUUAGAAUUUUAAUGANUAUAGGAAGUUAUACAUAAAUACUUUUAGAAGAGAUUCAAAUUGAAAUUUAUUCUUAACUUCCUGUUUAAGAAAAAUAACUUUUAUGUAGUGAUUUUUUUUAUUAAAUUUGUAAUUGGAAGAAAAAUAUAAUUUUUGAAAAGAAUUAGAAAAAAGUAUCAAUAACAUUAUAAUUUUCUAUGAAAAGAUAAUUAUUAAGUUUUAGUAGAUGGGCUAAUAUUAUAAGUUUUACAUAGUUUAAGAGUGAAAUUUAAGCAAUAGGUAUGAUUCGUUCAGUUCCAAAGAUUGUAUUAUAACCAGGAUUAUUAAUGCCAACAUAUGGUUUUGAAUAAUAGUUUAAUGAGGAAAGUGAAUCAAAGAGAAAAUUUAUAUGUAAAUGCAGAUUUUGUAAGUUGUCAAUAAUAGACAGUGUAAUGAUACCCUGUGGACAUGUAAGAUAUUGUAAUGGUUGUGCUUAUAUAAUGAGAGAAUGUUAUUAUUGUGAUUAAAAAUCAAUUAGUUAUGGAGUGAUUUAAAUAAAAGAAUGUAAUCCAAAUUUACAUAGAUUAUUAAUAUAAGGAAGUUUAGAAGAAAUGUUUUUAGAUCAUACAAAUUUUAAAGUAAUUCCAAAAAUGAUAUAAUUUGAAUUAGAAUAAUAAAUAUAAAGUCCAAAUUUGUAUUUUAAAUGUAUAAAAUGCAGAAAAGAAUUAAUAUCUUACAUAUUGGUGGAUUAAAAAUUGAAAUAUGAAUUUGUAUGUAAUUAUUGUGCAAAUAAAGCAAAUAGAUAAGAAUGGAAGAUUGUGAAAAUUGAAUAUUAAUGUUUAUGA